AAAAUUACAGUCUGUACGCAAUCUCUACAGCCGUCCGUUGCGCAGCUUUCAUGGAACCACACUUUCUCUUUUUCCUUCUUCUUCUUUGUUUAUUGAGACUCAUCUGAGUCGUAAACCAUAUGUCAUCAUAACUAAAGUAAUUCGCCAUUUUCAAAGAGCAUUUAAUAAUAGAGGGAGAGUGGAAAGUUCAAACCCCGAUGGGCAUCGCCAUCAAAUCACCUUCUUCCAUCUUCACCGUGCGUCAUGUGCAUUAUUGUUAUAGAAGGACAGCCAAUGACAGCCUUCCCUCUUCGGAGCUUAACAUCAGGGAGAGAUGAUUGGAUUAGGCAGCUCCAGUGCUUGUAAGAAGUUAGAUAUUUUGUUGUGAAUCAUCAAAGAAUCCACGGAAGAAAAAAUUCCCACACGGACUGGAGAUCGAAAUAUUAAAAUUCAAAGAAGGAUUUUGGAAGAAUUUUGAUGUUCGACUAUUGAGGAAGCAAAUCUCUCUCUCUCUCUCUGCGUGCGUCUGUGUGCGUGUGCGUGUGCGUGUGUCGUGAGAUGGUUUGGGGUAGUGGGGAAGAAAUGGGUACGCCAUCCGGAGUUGAAAACGGCGGUGUUUCGGUGGAUUCCGGCCAUUCCCGUCUCCACGAGCUUGGGUACAAGCAGGAACUCAAGCGGGAUCUCUCGAUGUUUUCGAAUUUUGCGUUUUCAUUCUCAAUCAUAUCUGUGCUUACUGGAAUCACUACCCUUUACAACACAGGGCUGAAGUUUGGGGGCCCUGUUGUUAUGGUUUAUGGAUGGUUUGUAGCUGGCAUCUUCACCAUGUUUGUUGGUUUGUCCAUGGCUGAGAUUUGUUCCUCUUAUCCAACUUCUGGGGGUCUCUACUAUUGGAGUGCCAAGCUUGCUGGCCCAAGUUGGGCACCUUUUGCCUCAUGGUUGACUGGCUGGUUUAACAUUGUUGGUCAGUGGGCCGUGACGACCAGUGUAGAUUUUUCACUUGCACAGCUGAUUCAGGUAAUAAUUCUCCUUAGCACAGGUGGGAAAAAUGGUGGUGGAUACAUGGCAUCUAAAUACAUUGUUAUUUGCUUCCAUGGGGGAAUUCUGCUCAUUCAUGCUAUCAUAAACAGUCUUCCCAUAUUUUGGCUAUCCUUCUUUGGACAGCUUGCUGCUGCAUGGAAUCUUGUGGGUGUUUUUGUCCUUAUGGUUCUUAUUCCCAUGGUUUCAACAGAGAGGGCUACUACCAAGUUUGUUUUCACUCACUUCAACACUGAUAAUGGUGAUGGGAUCAACAGUAGAGUUUACAUAUUUUUUCUGGGACUCCUAAUGAGUCAGUAUACCUUAACUGGGUAUGAUGCAUCUGCUCAUAUGACAGAGGAAACCAAGAGUGCUGAUAAAAAUGGACCAAGAGGAAUAAUAAGUUCCAUUGGCAUAUCUAUAAUCGUUGGAUGGGGCUACCUACUUGGCAUCACCUUUUGUGUUACCAACAUCCCUUACCUGUUGAGUAGCGACAAUGAUGCCGGUGGUUACGCCAUUGCUGAAGUGUUUUACCAAGCAUUUAAGAGUAGAUAUGGUAAUGGAACUGGUGGAAUUAUUUGUUUGGGGGUGAUUGCGAUCGCUAUAUUUUUCUGUGGUAUGAGUUCAGUUACGAGCAACUCCAGGAUGGCUUAUGCAUUCUCUAGAGAUGGAGCCAUGCCAUUUUCAACAUUUUGGCAUAGAGUGAACAAUCAGGAGGUUCCCAUUAAUGCAGUCUGGCUCUCUGCUUUCAUAUCAUUUUGCAUGGCUUUGACAUCUCUCGGAAGCUUAGUAGCAUUUGAGGCCAUGGUAUCAAUAGCAACUAUUGGACUCUACAUUGCAUAUGCCCUGCCAAUAUUUUUUAGGGUGACUUUGGCUCACAAUUCUUUCAUUCCAGGACCAUUCAACUUGGGCCGUUAUGGGGUUCUUGUUGGUUGGAUUGCAGUUCUUUGGGUAGCAACCAUAUCAGUCCUUUUCUCUUUGCCUGUAGCAUACCCUAUUACUGAGGAGACUCUCAACUACACUCCUGUUGCAGUUGGCGGGCUUCUCAUUCUUAUUGUUUCUUCUUGGAUCUUGAGUGCUCGGCACUGGUUUAAAGGUCCCAUUACCAACAUAGACAUCUGAAAUUGUAUAUGUAUACAAUAAUACUCAUUUUUUCAGAAGCAAUAAUUGUAUGUUUUUUUUUUUUUUGUAGUAACAGAGUCUCAUAAUUUUAUGUUC